AUGGACCCCUCUCUGACGCGCGACAUGCCAGCAUCGGCUUCUAAUUCCACCACAUUACCUUCUUCUUCUCCUACAUCUUCUAAACAAUCACCGCGGCCAUCAAUUGGUGGCAUUCUCUCAUUACCUCCGCGAUGGCUCUCCAUGUACGAUGAGUUUAUAACCAAGAAUGCCGGCCAGGUGUCGCAAAUCGAGAGCGCCCUACGCAGCCUAACAUAUAUAAUUCCAGGCCGUUUCCGCGAUGCCGAAAUCGCAUCCGAGUCGAUUCACUCGGGUGUUCAACUUCUCUCCCUUUACCAUGACUCUCUUCUUCAGAAGGCUAUUGCGCGUCUGCCGAUGGCAAGUAUGCCCUCGGCGCAUGCCCGGUAUACGCGAUACUGGACUCAGCGAAGUGGUGCAUACCGAAGGAUAGCAAUGUUUUUGCAAAUGAUCAUCUAUACAGAGAUGCUCUGGGAAAUGACUGCCAAGAGAAAGGGCGGCGAGAAGUCACGGUGGAAGGUAGUUGUGCUUUUAGAAGCACUCAAAGCUUUUUGCCGACUUCUGCUCAUGCGCAUCACUCGAUCGCGCCCAUUGGUUACGCCCGUAUUGCCUGAACGGGAACCCAUCCCUGAAGAUGCGGCGGCCGCUGCACAGGAGGAGGAAGAUAUUGCGUACCGAAGUGAGAGCGAGUUGAUGGACGAGAUAUCGGCGGAUGGUUCUAGCUCUUCACAAAUGCUGAAACCAGCGCACGAGCGCGAGUGGGUUAUGCCCCGGACAGGCAUGAGCCUCCCAUCACUGCCGGAUGGGGGAGACAUCAGCUCGUAUCUGCUGGGACGCGUGUUGACGGCUGAUGAUAUUAAGCCCGCAACCAAGCUACUCAACAAGCUGCAGGGCAGCAGCCAGGGGGCCGAGAUUUUGCAGAUCUUGUCUCCGCUCGUUUACGCAGCGGCCAUGGCGCACAACAACAGGAGAGGUGGCAACAAGAAAUCUUGGACCCCUUGGCUGAUCGGCUUCGCGGUUGAGCUUGCGGCUCGGCAGCUAAGAGAUCGUGGCCUACGCACAACAUCACUAGAGCGUGAAGAAUGGAACAAGCGUGGCUGGGCAAUGGGUUGGUGGGCGAUGCGGGGCGCCGCUUACGAGAACAUCACCAAGGGAGUUGUGGGAGGAGUGACCAAGAGGAUGCCAUCUUUCAUUGGAGGCAUCCUUGAGGACUACGAGUACCUGUGGGAGAAUUACUACUUUAGCACCAGUGCAUAA